AUGGCGCUCGUGCUUGGUGCGCUGCGUCUCCUGCUCGGCGGCUUCUUCACACUCGUCGGGGCUGCCAAGCUCUUGCAGGUCUCGGCCCCUGUGUCACAACAGAUGAGAGCAUUGUUCGAGCAGUUCGCUGAGGUGUUUCCAUUGAAGUUGUUCGGCUACCAGCCAGAUCCUAUAAACUACCAAACAGCUGUGGGCUGGCUGGAACUGCUGGCUGGGUUGCUGCUGGUCGUGGGUCCACCUGUGCUACAACAGAUCAGUACCCUGCUCUUGAUCCUGCUCAUGAUGGGGGCCAUCUUCACGUUGGUGGUUCUGAAAGAGCCGCUAAGGACCUGCAUCCCAGCCAUUGUCUGUUUGGGAUUCCUGCUGCUGCUGGAUACUUGCCAGUUCUUAGCUUGCUCUAAGACGGUGGUCAGACACCCUAAUAAGAAGAUUCCUGGUGCAUUCGGGAAGCCUGGCAAUUGAGUCUUCAAGCCAUGCAUUUACCAUAGCAGGCACAGUCACAGAACAGUGUCUACCUCUUUUUUAGGCCCAUGGUCAUUCAGUGUAAAAGAUACCUCAUCUAGAUCCCACUCUCCCCUCAUAACUACAUUGCCCUGUUUUGAGUGGGCUAUUAAUAUUCAUGUCAUGUGAAAACAGGAAAUAAGCAACAACUAAAACCACUCCAAAUUAUAAUACUCCAUAAAUAACCAUUUCAUUUGGUGUAACUGUACUGCUGACAUUUUCUGAUUGUAUACAGAUUUAAUUUUUUAAUGCAAAUGAGACAGUGUAGCCUGCUUUAUUGUUUGCUGUUAAGACCCAGUGUUCUGUCAGGCAGUGGUGGCACACUCCUUUAAUCCCAGCACUCGGGAGGCGGAGACAGGUGGAUCUCUGAGUCCGAAGCCAGCCUGGUCUACACACAGAAACCCUGUCUGGAAAACCCAGG